UUUGUUUUGUAGCUGGUGACGUGUUGGUACCGCCUCCUUAACCAGCGUUGUAAACAAACCCUGGAUAAUAUUGGAAGUUUUAACCUCGCACCACGAAAAUAUCCUAUCCUUAAAAAAAAACUCGGAGUAGCUACAGUUCUUUUAAAAUUUUAACUACAAAAUACACGAAACGGUUUCAUCUCAGAGAAAAACUUGUUCCUGUUGUCAAGUGUGAGAGACCGAGAGAGAACAGCUGCAAGACGAUUUUUGUUUGUUUGGUUUGGAUGCCCGAUGGUUUCUUGCUGAAGAAGUGACAAAACAAGCUAUCCCCUAGACGAUUGAGCAAUUUACCGAUGCAUCUCAGUUGACCUAUCCAACGGUAGUUUUCUGGUCACAUAUUCGUUAAAAUUAGGUAUUCCAUUGAACAUCCGAUAACUACGUUAGGGACGUUCCAAGGAUCGUGGAUAGCACGGAGGAUCGCUUGAUAGCACGGACCCUGCUGUAAUUGUACCAAGAAGUGAGCUGCGAAUUAGACAACCGAGUCUUCAAUGCGAAGCAAGACCGUUCAAUGUGUGCUUUGCAGCAUCCAGAGAAAAAUGAUGAUCUGACCAACUGGAUUUGUCUUGGUGUAAUACAACAACAUGGUGAAGCUGACGAAGGCUAAGACGUUCCAAGCAUACCUAGACUCGUGCCACCGCAGGUACAGCUGUGUUCACUGCCGAGCACACCUGGCCAACCAUGAUGACCUCAUCUCCAAGUCUUUUCAGGGUAGCCAGGGUCGUGCCUACCUCUUCAACUCUGUGGUGAAUGUGGGCUGUGGUCCUGCCGAGGAGAGGCUGCUACUCACCGGGCUCCACGCUGUGGCAGACAUCUACUGUGAGAACUGCCACACCACAUUGGGCUGGAAAUAUGAGCAGGCCUUUGAGUUGAGUCAGAAGUACAAGGAGGGGAAGUUCAUCAUUGAGCUGUCCCACAUGAUAAAGGACAACGGCUGGGACUGAGAGGUGAAGGGCGAUGUUUUCAUUGAUGUUUCGUCCCUCGUCCGUUGUUCUUCCUGGCCUGAAUGUGUGUCCCCAUCGGGCCAUCGGCUCUGUCACUCCGUCACUUCAUACAGCUUUUCCAAGAAUAGCAUGUGAUGUUUGUUUUUAUACAUAUAUCUAUAUACACACAGAGUAUUCCAAACAUUAGGAACACCUUCUUAAUAUUGAGUUGCACCCCUCCUUUUUGCCCUCAGAACAGCCUCAAUUCAUUGGGGCAUGGACUCUACAAGGUGUUGAAAGCAUUUCACAGGGAUGCUGGCCCAUGUUGACUCCAAUGCUUCCCACA